UUCUUCUCUGAAACGGAAUAAAAAUUUCCCCUGAAACUCAAUUUCUUUUGUUUUCCGAUUCAUCUCCGGUGUCGGGUGUCGGUGAUUCUCUUUUUGAAAUUAAAAAGAUCGUAUCUUUCUGUGUUUUUUUAUUGUUUACUGGUGUUUUGUAUUGUAACAGCUUUAAUCAACUGAAAAGAGUAUAGAUAGAGUGUUUUUUGUUGUUGUAAGAAUUCAAAAAUGGGAGAAACAGCGAAUCACGAGCAUCCUCCGCAGCCUCAGCCCACGCCGCCGCGGCCACCUGUUGUUCUUCCGCCGCUAGGAGCCGCAAGGGGACCUCCUUUCCCUCCGGCUGAACAGCUACUGCAUCUUCAUUACUGCAUCCACUCUAACCCUCCAUGGCCUCAAUCUGUGCUCUUGGCAUUUCAACACUAUAUUGUGAUGCUUGGAAACAUUGUUGUGGUUGCUACUCUGCUUGUGCCUAGAAUGGGUGGAGGUCCAGGUGAUAAAGCCCGUGUGAUUCAAUCAUUGCUGUUUAUGUCGGCAAUUAAUACUCUUCUUCAAACAUGGUUGGGCACGAGGCUUCCAACCGUUAUGGGUCCAUCACUGGCUUAUUUAUUGUCUGUUUUGGCUAUUAUCAAUGAUCUCUCUAAUGAGACAUUCUUCUCCGAGCAGGAGAGAUUCCUCCACACAAUGCGAGCGAUUCAAGGAUCACUGAUAGUAUCUUCGUUUGUUACCAUUUUGCUUGGAUACAGUCAAGUUUGGGGUAAAUUUAUAAGGUUUUUGAGUCCUCUAGUUAUUGUUCCCGUCGUGUGUUUGGCAGGCCUUGGUCUAUUCGGACGAGGGUUUCCACAGCUUGCAAAUUGUGUGGAGAUUGGUCUUCCUAUGCUUAUCUUACUUGUCAUAUCGCAACAGUAUUUGAAGAAUAUUCACCCUAUAACGCGCCCGAUACUCGAGAAGUUCGCUUUGCUAAUUUGUGUUGGGCUCAUAUGGUCAUUUGCAGCUAUUCUUACUGCUGCUGGUGCUUAUAAUCGAGCCAAGGCUGAAACACAAACUAGUUGUCGUACGGAUCGUACGUUCCUUAUGUCGUCUGCUCCAUGGUAUAUGCUCGUUUGA